AUGGAAGGUGUUAACAAUGGUUUAAAUAGUAGUAGAAAAGUAGCACUAAUCACAGGAAUCACUGGUCAGGAUGGAUCAUACCUAGCUGAAUUGUUGCUAGAUAAAGGAUAUGAAGUUCACGGUAUUAUUCGGCGUUCGAGCACAUUCAACACGGGUCGCAUUGAACAUCUCUACUUAGAUCCUAAAUCACAUAUGGAAGGUAAAAUGAAACUUCAUUAUGGUGACAUGACUGACAGUAGUUGUCUAGUGAGAAUUAUAGGAAUGGUGAAACCUACUGAAGUAUAUAAUUUAGCAGCUCAAAGUCAUGUUAAGGUUUCAUUUGAACUAAGUGAAUAUACAGCUGAAGUAGAUGGAGUUGGAACUCUCAGGUUACUAGACGCCAUUAGAGCAUGUCAACUAGAAAACAGCGUACGUUUUUAUCAAGCUUCUACUUCAGAGUUGUACGGAAAAGUUGUUGAAAUACCUCAAAAAGAAACUACUCCAUUUUACCCUAGAUCUCCUUAUGCAUGUGCCAAAUUAUAUGCUUAUUGGAUUGUGACAAACUAUCGAGAAGCAUAUAAUAUGUAUGCUUGCAAUGGAAUUCUGUUCAACCAUGAGAGUCCAAGGAGAGGAGAAAACUUUGUUACUAGAAAAAUUACUAGAUCGGUAGCAAAAAUAGCGAUUGGUUCAUUGGAUUGUAUACAACUAGGAAACUUAGACUCUAAACGCGACUGGGGUCAUGCCAAAGAUUAUGUUGUAGCAAUGUGGUUAAUGUUACAACAGAAUGUACCUCAAGAUUUUGUGAUUGCUACUGGUGAAAUGCAUAGUAUUAGAGAGUUUGUAGAAAAAUCAUUCAAGCACAUUGGUAAAACAAUUAUUUGGGAAGGAACAGGGUUGAAUGAAGUGGGAAAAGAAGAAUCUACCAAUGUCAUACGUGUGAAAGUGAAUGCUAAAUAUUUUCGUCCAACCGAAGUUGAACUCCUGUUAGGCGACGCCACCAAAGCCAAAACUGUUCUCGGAUGGGUCCCCAAAGUGAAUUUCGAGCAACUGGUCUACGAUAUGAUGGAAGCCGAUUUGGCGCUCAUGAAGAAAAACCCGUCGGCCUAA